AUGUUGCAGUUGCUAUUAUUAAUGUUUGUUAGUUUGCAUGCUAAAGAAACAGUCUUUUAUGAUACUUUUUACGGAGAAGCUAUAAGCCAGGACGCUCUGAAACAACAUAUAAAGCGAAAUACAACAUUUUUUUGCACAAUAGAAAUCGAACCUUGUGAUCCCAAUGAAGGCAGACGUCUAGACGGAUCUUGCAACAAUUUGGAACACCCCUCGAGAGGUGCUGGACGGACGCCUUUCAAGAGGGUACUGCCUCCGCACUACGGGAGAGGAUUUGAACCUAGACUGGCAGAGUCAGGCGAUCCUUUGCCUCAGAGUCGUCACGUGCGCACCACUCUAUUGCCCAGCGGCAUUCGUCCUGACCAUACCUUUACUCAGCUGGCCACUCACUUCUUUGUGUUCAUGGCGUCAGAUGUCGUCAAUGUUCAAGAUACUAUAAACUACAUUCUAUGGAAGCCUUACUGCUGUCUCCCGAAAGGCAAAUCUGAUCCAAUGUGCACCCCCAUAACCAUUCCGAGCGACGACCCGGUAUACAGGUUUUCAGAUUUGCGUUGUCUCAACCUGACUAGACCCAUUAGCUAUCAGUCAAGUGGCUGUUUGAUGAAUGGCACUACGCCAGAACGAGUUAAUGCAGCUACACCUCUCUUUGACUUAUCUAUUGUGUAUGGCAGCACGACGAAAAGUGCUCUAGAAAAAGCUAGACUGUUUUCAGGAGGACUACUGAAGUAUGAGUUGGAAAAUAAUCGUGUGUGGCCUCCAAGGACUCGCAAAUUGCCGAAUCUUUGUUUGCUUAAUGAAGCACCUCAUGAAUCUAGAUGUCACAAUACACCUGAAGACGGAGUAAACACGCUUUUCGGUAUCAAUAUUUUUUCAAUUUGGUUUUGGCGUAACCACAACAGAAUAGCCUCAGAACUAGCAGUAAUAAACCCAUGUUGGAAUGACGAUAAACUUUUUUAUACUGCCCGAGAUAUAAAUAUUGCCACAUCUGUGCAAAUAUUCUACUAUGAAUUUCUGCCAAUAUUGCUUGGUUGGGACAAUUUGAUGAAAGACUCCGUUCUAGCGCCCAACCCAGGGUUCCGAGAUGUUUACAAUAGCAACGUAAUGCCGCAAAUAACUUUGGAGUUCCCUUACAUACUCCGAUGGGCUCAUCUAAUGCAGGAAGGAAGGCUCAAAAUGUACAAUGAAGCCGGAAAUUACUUAAAGCAAAUACCAAUAGUCAAUCUCACAUUACGAACCGGAUAUCUUGCCGUAGAUGAUAACAUAGAUCACAUGACACAGGGCAGCUUUCGACAGGCCAGCGGGAAAGUCGACUAUGUGAUCGAUCCUGACAUGGCCGAUGUUGUACUCGGUGGGCACCAGCGUGCUUCGGACGUUGCUACAAGCGACUUGACUAAAGGAAGAUAUUUUGGUUUUCCUUCUUACUUGAAAUACAGAGAGUAUUGUUCUGGGUCUAGAGAAACCUUUAACAGUUUUGAUGAUUUUUCUGAUUUGAUUGAUGCUGACAAAUUGGAACUCCUUAAAGAUCUAUAUAAAGAUAUAAAUGAUAUCGAACUCAUGGCUGGUAUGUGGGUGGAGAAACCAAUCAGGGGUGGUUAUGCUCCUCCCACGUUCUACUGUUUGAUGGUCGAUCAGCUUAUUAGGAGCAUGAUAUCUGAUAGACACUGGUACGAACGUCCCAAUCGACCAAAUGCCUUUUCUGCAAGGCAACUUCAAGAAAUAAGAAAAGCUACAAUCUCGCAGCUCUUAUGCGACGUUGGUGAUAAAGUGACGCAAAUCCAGCGACAUGGGUUUAUACGCGCUAGUCCUAUUAACAAAAUGGUCACCUGCAAGAACAUCGUAAAAAUGGAUUUGAAAGCCUGGAGAGACCGGGCAUGCGGAUAG